AUGUCUGAAUUCCAAAGUGAAAAUGAAAAAGAUCCCGGAUGGAAAUACUUGCGGCAAACUCGUGAGCAGAUGGCUGCUGAUCAAGCACGGCCAUAUGACUCGAAAAAAAAUUGUUGGAUUCCUGAUGCUGAAGAAGGAUAUAUGGCCGCUGAAAUAACAAGUUCAAAAGGCGAUAUGGUGACUGUUGUUACUGCCCGUGGUAAUGAGGUUACACUCAAGAAAGACAUGUUACAAGAAAUGAAUCCUCCAAAAUUUGAAAAAACAGAGGAUAUGUCAAAUUUGACUUUUCUAAAUGACGGAUCUGUAUUGCAUAACCUUCGAGCAAGAUAUGGUUCAAUGCUCAUUUACACGUAUUCUGGUUUAUUUUGUGUGGUAAUCAACCCUUACAAGCGCCUUCCAAUUUAUACUGAUUCAGUUGCAACAAUGUAUAUGGGGAAACGACGAACAGAAAUGCCGCCUCAUUUAUUUGCUGUAUCAGAUGAAGCAUAUCGAAAUAUGCUCUUAGAUCAUGAGAAUCAAUCAAUGCUUAUAACUGGUGAAUCUGGUGCUGGUAAAACAGAAAAUACCAAAAAAGUUAUUGCAUACUUUGCUGUGGUUGGAGCAUCACAGUCAAAAAGUGUGGAGGGCCAAAAGAAAGUUACGCUGGAAGAUCAGAUUGUGCAAACAAAUCCAGUUUUAGAAGCAUUUGGUAAUGCUAAAACUGUACGUAAUAACAAUUCAUCACGGUUUGGCAAAUUCAUCCGGAUUCAUUUUUCAAAGCAAGGGAAAGUUGCUUCCUGCGACAUCGAGCAUUAUUUGCUGGAAAAAUCGCGUGUUAUACGUCAAGCUCCUGGAGAACGAUGUUAUCACAUUUUUUACCAAAUCUUCUCUGGUUUCAAACCAAAUCUUAAGAAAGAACUUCUGUUGGACCAGCCCCUCAAAACUUAUUAUUUUGUUGCGCAAGCUGAAUUAACUAUUGAUGGUGUAAACGAUAAGGAAGAGCACCAGCUGACAGAUGAAGCUUUUGAUAUAUUAAAUUUCUCGGCAGAAGAGAAAGGAAAUUGCUAUCGUUUGGUUUCAGCCAUUAUGCACAUGGGUUGUAUGAAAUUUAAGCAGCGACCACGUGAAGAACAAGCAGAACCAGAUGGAACAGAUGAAGCAGAGAAAGCUGCUACCAUGUAUGGAAUUGAUACUGAAGAAUUUUUAAAAGCUCUUACGAAGCCAAGAGUCAAAGUUGGUACUGAGUGGGUCAAUAAAGGACAGAAUGUUGAUCAGGUGACUUGGGCUGUGGGGGCAAUGGCAAAAGGUGUUUAUGCUAGAAUUUUCAAGUGGCUUGUAACAAAAUGUAAUAUUACUCUGGAUCAGAAAGGUUUAUCACGGGACUACUUCAUUGGAGUUUUGGACAUCGCGGGGUUUGAAAUUUUUGAUUUUAACUCAUUUGAACAACUUUGGAUCAAUUUUGUAAAUGAAAAGUUGCAACAAUUUUUCAACCAUCAUAUGUUUGUCUUGGAACAAGAAGAAUAUGAACGGGAAGGUAUUCAGUGGACAUUUAUAGACUUUGGUCUUGAUUUACAAGCUUGCAUUGAACUAAUAGAAAAACCAUUAGGAAUUAUUUCAAUGCUUGACGAAGAAUGUAUUGUGCCAAAAGCCACUGAUUUGACUUUGGCCCAGAAACUGAUUGAUACUCAUCUUGGUAAGCACCCCAACUUCGAAAAACCGAAACCACCCAAAGGUAAACAAAGUGAAGCACACUUUGCCAUGAAACAUUAUGCCGGUACUGUCCGCUAUAAUGUUACCAAUUGGCUGGAGAAAAAUAAAGACCCACUGAAUGAUAGCGUUGUAUCCGUCAUGAAAGCAUCCAAACAAAAUAAUCUCUUAGUAGCUGUGUGGCAAGAUUACACAACUCAAGAAGAGGCUGCUGCAAGCGCGAAAGAAGGAGGUGGUGGAAAGAAGAAAGGCAAAUCAGGGUCGUUCCUUACGGUUUCCAUGAUGUAUCGAGAAUCACUGAAUAGCCUAAUGACUAUGCUGAACAUGACUCAUCCCCAUUUCAUCCGCUGCAUUAUUCCAAAUGAAAAAAAAACGUCCGGAUUACUCGAUGCUUCUCUAGUUUUGAACCAACUUACUUGUAAUGGUGUGCUCGAAGGCAUUCGUAUAUGUCGUAAAGGUUUUCCAAACCGUAAUAUACAUUCUGAUUUCAAACAUCGUUAUGGAGUACUUGCUGCUAAAGAAGCUAAAAGUGAAGAUGAUCCUAAGAAAGCUGCGGAAGCCAUGUUAAGCAAACUUGUAAAUGAAGGGUCAUUAACAGAGGAGAAUUUCCGCGUAGGAAAAACAAAAGUUUUUUUCAAAGCAGGUGUUCUAGCACAAUUGGAAGAUCUUCGAGAUGUAAAACUUGGACAGGUACUCAGUGGAUUCCAGGCCAGGAUUCGUUCCUACUUGAUAUUAAUUGAUCGCCGAAGCCGCAUGCAGCAACGUCGUGGAUUGUUGAUAGUUCAAAGGAAUAUCCGCUCCUGGAGCGUGUUGCGUACUUGGGAUUGGUUUCUUAUUUAUGGCAAACUCAAACCUAUGCUAAAAAGUGGUAAGGAAGCUGAAGAAAUCGAAAAAAUGAAUGAGCAAAUCAAAAAACUGGAAGAAAGCAUAGCAAAUGAAGAAAAAGCUCGUAAAGAAUUGGAAACAAAAUCUACAAUAUUGCUAGAAGAACGCAAUAAUGUUUUCAAUGAACUAGAAGCUGCCAAAGCACAAUUAUCAGAUGCGGAUGACCGUCUCAACAGGCUUUCAAUAUUAAAAACAGAUGUUGACAAACAAAUUCAUGAAUUAGAGGAGCAGCUUGGAGAUCAAGAAGAUCGCAAUUCAGAUCUAUCACGAACAAAAAAGAAAAUUGAAAAUGAAGUAGAAAAUUUGAAAAAAGGAGUUACAGAAUUGGAAUCUCGAUUGCAAAAAGCAGAUAUUGAUAAGCAAAGUCGUGAGCAGCAAAUUCGAACUUUGCAAGAUGAAAUGCAACAACAGGAUGAAAAUAUUGCAAAGCUGAACAAGGAGAAAAAGCAUCAAGAAGAAAUAAAUCGAAAAUUGAUGGAAGAUUUACAGGUCGAGGAAGACAAAGGCAACUACAGUAAUAAACUGAAAAGCAAAUUAGAGCAAAAUCUUGAUGAUCUUGAAGAUACUUUGGAACGAGAAAAGCGAGGGCGAAAUGAAAUUGAAAAACACAAACGCAAAGUUGAAGGAGAAUUAAAAGUUGCCCAGGAAAAUAUGGAAGAACUUGAACGACAAAAGCAUGACAUGGAAAGUAAUCUGAAGAAGAAAGAAGCUGAAGCUCAAGCAAUCUUAGCGCGCCUUGAAGAAGAGCAAGAUCUUGUUGGAAAGCUUAAGAAACAAGUUAACGAAACGCAAAAUCGUAUAACUGAAUUGGAAGAGGAGCUCGAAAAUGAACGCCAGUCACGAAGUAAAGCGGAACGAGCAAAGUCAGAUUUACAACGUGAAUUAGAAGAAUUAGGAGAUCGUUUAGAUGAACAGGGUGGUGUUACGGCUGCUCAGUUAGAAGUAAACAAAAAACGAGAAGCAGAAUUAGCAAAGCUUCGUCGAGAUCUAGAAGAAGCUAAUAUGAAUCAUGAAAAUCAAUUAGCAACGAUUCGCAAAAAGCACAACGAUGCGGUUGCAGAACUUGGUGAUCAAAUUGAACAGGCACAAAAAACAAAAGCUAAAGUUGAGAAAGAUAAACUGCAAGUGCAACGGGAUGCUGAAGAUCUCAUAGCGCAGAUUGAGGGUGAGACAGCAGCAAGAAUGAAUAAUGAAAAACUUGCAAAGCAAUAUGAAAUGCAAAUUGCAGAACUUCAAACCAAAUGUGAUGAACAAAAUCGACAGCUUCAAGAGUUCACAACACUAAAGACACGACUCAGUAGCGAAAAUAAUGAUCUAGGGAAACAGAUUGAAGAAUCGGAAUCACAAGUGAAUGCAAUGACACGCUUAAAAGCACAACUAACUUCACAGUUAGAAGAAGCCAGACGUUCAUUAGACGAGGAAGCUCGAGAUCGGAACAAUUUAGCAGCACAUAUGAAAAACUGUCAGCACGAAAUUGAGCAAAUUCGUGAAUCAAUGGAAGAAGAAAUUGAAGCAAAGAGCGAACUUAUGAAGCAACUAAGCCGCGCUAAUGCCGAGAUUCAACAGUGGCAAACCCGUUUCGAAAGUGAAGGCCUGUUAAAAGCUGAUGAGCUUGAAGAGGCGAAAAAACGGCAAAUUCAAAAAAUAAACGAACUUCAAGAAGCAAUAGAUGCAGCCAAUUCAAAAAUUAGCUCUCUCGAAAAAACGAAAUCUCGCCUGGUUUCUGAUCUUGAUGAUGCUCAGAUGGAUGUGGAAAGAGCUAACUCUUAUGCGAAUCAACUUGAGAAAAAGCAAAAAGGAUUUGAUAAAAUAAUUGACGAGUGGAAGAAGAAAACAGAUGAUUUGUCUUCGGAAGUAGAUAACGCACAACGUGAAGCGAGGAACAUGUCAACUGACCUGUUUAAACUGAAAAAUGAACAAGAUGAAGUUUUAGAAACGAUUGAAAGUUUAAAACGGGAAAAUAAAGAACUGACACAAGAAAUUAAAGAUUUGACAGAACAGUUGAAUGAAGGUGGCCGUUCUGUAUUUGAAAUGCAGAAGAUAAUUCGUCGUUUAGAAGUCGAAAAAGAUGAGUUGCAACAUGCUCUAGAUGAAGCUGAAGCUGCUCUCGAAGCUGAGGAAAGUAAAGUGCUUCGAGCACAAGUAGAAGUUUCCCAAAUACGAGCAGAAAUUGAAAAAAGAAUACAAGAAAAAGAAGACGAAUUUGAAAAUACGCGAAAAAAUCAUCAAAGAGCGAUCGAAUCAAUGCAAGCAUCAUUAGAAAACGAAACGAGAAGCAAAGCAGAUUUGAUAAGAUUGAAAAAGAAGUUGGAGUCUGAUAUUAACGAACUUGAAAUUGCGCUAGAUCAUGCCAAUCAAGCCAAUGCUGAAGCUCAGAAGAACGUGAAACGUUAUCAAGACCAAAUGAGGGAGCUGCAGCAGCAAGUUGAGAUCGAACAACGAAAUCGGGAGGAAAUUCGUGAACAGUAUCUGAAUGUGGAAAAAAAAGCAACUUUACUGCAGUCAGAAAAAGAGGAGCUAUCUAUAGCUAUGGAUCAAGCAGAACGAGCUCGCAAACAAGCUGAACGUGAUGCUAAUGAAGCACACAUUCAAUGCAAUGAGUUAUCUGCUGAAGCUGAAUCACUAACCUCCAUGAAGAAAAAACUUGAAUCCGAACUUCUUGCUGUACAAGCCGAUCUGGAUGAAACUUUGAAUGAAUACAAAGCGUCGGAAGAGCGCAGCAAAGCAGCGAGUAGCGAUGCUGCACGACUUGCUGAACAACUACAACAAGAACAAGAAAACUCGUUGCAGAUCGAUCGGAUGAGGAAGGCUUUAGAAACUCAG